GGGAGGAGACGGAUGGGACCCUCCUGCUCAGGGAAGACCUGACCAAUGGGACCCCUACAGCCCCGGGAGACAUGGUCAGUGAGCAGGAAGAGAGUCUGGAGAAAGUGAUUAAAGACACCGAGUGCCUCUUCAAAACCCGGGAGAGGGAAUAUCAGAGAACCAUCGAUCAGAUCGAGUUGGAACUGGCCACUGCCAAAAAGGACAUGAACCGCCACUUACACGAGUACAUGGAGAUGUGCAGCAUGAAGCGAGGCUUGGACGUCCAAAUGGAGACCUGCAGACAGCUCAUGUCCCAAUCCGAAGACAGGGAUACCCUGUCUCCGGUGCCCGGUUUGGGCAGGACUGCGUCCGCAGGGGGCACCAGUGAGACCAGCCGCGACGCCCCCUGCUAGCUGAAGAUCCUGAGGCCUACGGGAGGGAAGAGGGGGAUUCCGCGCCCCCCCCCCCCGUCCCACCCCCACCCCCCCCACGCAACACCCGCCCGCCUCCCCCCCCCCAACCCCCAAUCCAACCACCCUCCUUCUCCCACUCCCCCUCCCCUCCCACUGCGGUCAACGCAGUCUCGCGCGCCCACCUCGCCACCCCCUCCCCCAACCUUGCGCCUUCUGUCCAUGCCCUUACCCCAUCCCCCCAUCCCUGAAGACUGUCUCAAAACCCCACCCCUGAACUCCAAACAAGCCCCCUGCCUUUAAACCCCCCCCACCCUCACCCCACCCAGGGGAGGGUGUGGGGGGGGGGGGGGGGUUGUGGGGGGGGAAGGGCACGUUGGCGUUUCGACAGGUUCCUUCCACCACCGCCCCCCCCUCACCCUUCCCCGUCUCCUUCCCCCACCCCCUCUCUCUUCCCCCCUUCCCCCCCCCCCUCCCCCCACUACCUCCAUCGGGGAGGGGGAUACGGGAGGGGGCGAUGGGUAAGGACGGGGCGCUACCCAUCCCAGCCUGGGAGUUGGGUGGAGGAGGUUUUGGGUGGGGCCAAUUGGAAUCCAGCGCCCAACCACCCCCCCCUACAAACCCCUCCCCUCACUCUCUGCGUCUUGGGGGGUGGGGGUGGGUGGCGAGGGUUUGAGUCGGGGUGGGGGGAGUUGUGGACGGGGGUGGAGGGGAGCGGGGAGAGGGAUUCAAUCUUCCCCUGGUAUCCUCCAGCCCUGGCGGGCACCCACUCAACCCCUCUGCCCUCACACCCACCGCGCCUCCUUACCCCUCCCCUCUUCGUUGUGGGUGGGGGAGGGGAGGGGGGGGCAACAGACCCUUUCACAAGGGGGCUCUUCCUUCACAUCGCCUCCCCCUGGUGGUGUCAAACUCUUGGGGUCAAUAUUAUGACCUCCCUUCUGUAAUCUCUAAGUAUAUCAUUGCAAAUAGCUCUCUGUCUAUAUAUAUAUAUAUAUCUGUAUAUAUUAACCACUAAUAAACAUAUCACGGUACAUGA